CAGAAUGGAGAAUUAGCGCGGCUGGGUUCCCCAGGGAGGUGAGGGGGAAAUGUAGGUUCAAUUUUGUCCAGCGCUCUCAAUCGGAGCCCCAGGUCGGUGUCUCUGUUCUCUGUGCACCGCUUCUUCCCUUUCUAGGUCAGGGGCAGCAUGUUGACUGCGGGCGUUUCCUGUUGAGACCCCGCGCUCUGCCUUGAAUUUGACCGCAGGCUGGAGGCGCCAGCUGAGCUAGUGGGGUGGGCCGAGGCGGAGGGAUCGAGGGGCCGCGGAAGGGACGAAGGAAGGGAGGUAGGGGCUGCCCGCUCGCGUUUCCCUUUAGUGGGGCCCCGCAUCGCCCUACCCGAGCCCCCGGAAGCGAGGAUGCUGCAGGGGUCAGCACCGCGUCGCAGCCGCAGCUGAGGCCCGGGACAAGGAGAAAUGAGCGACACCCGGGAUCUGUGUACGUUGCAUCAUUUUUCUUGGAGACGUUCCAUUAUUGUUCCAUUGACCUUUCCCUGAUUACUGAGUCCUCUGGAGUUAUGUCAACAGCUGCCUUGAUCACUUUGGUUAGAAGCAGUGGGAACCAGGUGAGAAGGAGAGUGCUGCUCAGCUCCCGCCUGCUGCCGGACGACAGACGGGUGACGCCCACAUGCCACAGCUCCACGUCAGAGCCUCGGUGGUCUCGAUUUGACCCAGAUGGUAGUGGGCGUCCAGCCACCUGGGAUAAUUUUGGGAUCUGGGAUAACCGCAUUGAUGAGCCAAUUCUGCUGCCGCCCAGCAUUAAGUAUGGCAAGCCAAUCCCCAAAAUCAGCUUGGAAAACGUGGGCGGCGCCUCGCAGAUUGGCAAACGGAAAGAAAACGAAGACAGAUUUGACUUUGCUCAGCUGACAGAUGAGGUCCUGUAUUUUGCCGUGUAUGAUGGACAUGGUGGACCCGCAGCUGCUGAUUUCUGCCACACCCACAUGGAGCAAUGCAUCAUGGAUUUGCUUCCUAAGGAGAAGAACUUGGAAACUGUGUUGACCUUGGCUUUUCUAGAAAUAGAUAAAGCCUUUGCGAGGCUCGCCCACCUGUCUGCUGAUGCAACCCUUCUGACAUCUGGGACUACUGCAACAGUAGCCCUAUUGAGAGAUGGUAUUGAACUGGUAGUAGCCAGUGUUGGGGAUAGCCGGGCUAUUCUGUGUAGAAAAGGAAAACCCAUGAAGUUGACCAUUGACCAUACUCCAGAGAGAAAGGAUGAAAAAGAAAGGAUCAAGAAAUGUGGUGGUUUUAUAGCUUGGAAUAGUUUGGGACAGCCUCAUGUGAAUGGCAGACUUGCUAUGACAAGGAGUCUUGGAGAUUUGGAUCUUAAAAGCAGUGGUGUGAUAGCAGAACCUGAAACAAAGAGGAUUAAGCUACAUCAUGCUGAUGACAGCUUCCUGGUCCUCACUACAGACGGAAUUAACUUCAUGGUGAAUAGUCAAGAGAUUUGUAACUUUGUCAAUCAGUGCCAUGAUCCCCGUGAAGCAGCGCACGCAGUGACUGAACAGGCAAUACAGUAUGGUGCUGAAGAUAACAGUACUGCAGUCGUAGUGCCUUUUGGUGCCUGGGGAAAAUACCAGAACUCCGAAAUCCACUUCUCGUUCAGCAGAAGCUUUGCCUCCAGUGGACGAUGGGCCUGAUGAUGGCUUGCCGGGACUUUGAGUUUCUGUACAACAGUUUUUCACUAAAUAUUUGAAGAAGCCGAUUAGAUCAAAAAAGCCAGCUGUACCAGAGUGAGCCUGUGACUCAUUAGAUCAGUGUACAAACCAGUGUAAACUUAGUCGUUAUUUACGUAGUAGUUUUUCAGAAAUACCCACUAUAUUUAUGUUCGACUGUACAUAGUAUAAAUAUAUGUGUAAUUCAGCUAUUGUGAGUUUUUUAAGUUAAGUGAGCACAUGAAAAGUGGUUUUGAUAUACUCGCUGAGUGUGAAAUUUCUAAUUUUUAAAACUCUUAGGCAGCUAUGAGUUUCUUUUGUGAUCACAUUUAUUCUUUAUUCACUUGAAUAGGUUCUUGUCUUCAAGUUCUUCAAAAGUAGUCAGUGUUUUCACAGCUACUCAGUGUGUUAUCAGCAAGUGUUUCAAUUUUUAAUAACUGUACCAAGGGGUAAGUGUGAGAACGCUUCUCUGUUACUGUAUUUUGUAUUCUGGACCACUUACUGGGAAAUAUAGCAAUGCAAAGAAAUUAAUUCAGAUAAUAUGAUGUUGCUAAAUUAUGUAAAUAUUUAUAAAGAGUGCACUUAUAUAUUUUAACUGUGGCACCAGAUCCACAGUUCAUUCCUGUUUUGUAGCUAAGAAUGCUGUGGCGAUAUGACUAUUCCUUCAUAUCAAAAAAGAAUGCACAGGCUAAGAUUCCUUUGGUCAAAGCUAUUCAAAGUUAAUUAUCAAAGGUGUCAAGUGUCUCAUAUAAAGUUUGCAUUUGUUAUCUGUGUGUUUUGUAUAUAGUAUGAUUCUAUCACUUUAUAGACUAAGCAUGGUAGAUAAUGUCAGUAAAAAUAAUACCACAUUGACUGAUAUUGCUACAGACAUAGCUUGAGGUUUAUGUCUCCUUUUUGCUUAUUUCUAAGACUCAUAAGAAGGGAUAAAUCUGAACAUUAAAACAGUCUAUAUUUCAGCUUGCUGUGUAAUUUAGGAGUAUAAAAACUGUGCUUCCCUAUAUUUGCAUGUAAGUUUGCUGUUAAAAUGUGAAUCUCUAAAUGUGUGUUUGGAAUUAUCUGCAGUUUACUUCUGCAGACAGUGUAAAUUUGUUAUAUGUGUGAAUGUAUGUACAUAUGUAUAUUUUGGAGUAAUAGAAAAUUAAAGGGAACAAUCCUGCAUAACUACUUCACCAGUUAGCUCUAAAUUAUUGAUAUGUUUAUACCUAAGGUCUCUUGAUAAACUGAGGGCAGUUUUAUAGUGGAGAAUGGUUAUUGACAGAUGAGGAAAAAGAUUAAAAAUGGCUGUAGGAGAUAUUUUAUGGUGGAUAACUUAUGUGGAAAACCCAGGAACAAAACCAGCAUGUUGAAGCUAUACUGUUAUAUAGUAAUUUGCAUAUAAAAUAACAGGAUGUGAGAAAAAUACUGAGUGUUAAGAAUGAGGUGGAGAUUUGUAGAAACAAAAAAAGAAACCAUAAAGAUCAAGUUGGAAUAGUAUAUAUAUCUUCAACUCUCAGUUUUCAGAGUCGACUUAUUUUCUUUCUUUAAGUUUUAUAUGAAGGCUUGUUAGAAGGACCAGGGCCCAACAUAUAUAUUCAUAUCUUCUCCUCACUUUUUUGGGGAUGGAAGAAAAUAAAUAUUGAGUUUUCCAGCCUAUAUUAAUCAGGAAUUGUCCUUGGGGAAAAAUGGGAUAGGAAUAUUUUAGUUGUUUUUUUUUUUUCAAGGAAAUUUGGUGAAAGAAAGAAAAACAUUGCAGGAAAGAAUAUAGUUUUCUAUUUGUUGUCUGAGAAGUGAGGACCCAAAGUUAGACUAAGAAAGCUGGAAAAUUUUCUGACUCUUCCUGAGUCAGGUCCUGGAAAAUAAAUACACAAGAUACAUUUAGGAGUAUGGAGAAUUUCCAAACUAACAAGCAAACAAAAGCUCUGAAGCACAAAAUGAUACAUUUGAAGAUGUAAGUUUCAUUUUUGUUUUCAAUUCUUCACAUAACCUUUAGUUUUUACUUUAAAAACUAAGGGUGGGAGUGGGAGUGGUGUUAUCAAGUUGAAAGGUCUAAGAAUCACUGAUCCAUGCAGUGGUUUGCCAGGUUUGACAAAGGGAUUUGUAGGGUUGUGUAGGUGCAGGUCAGGGGUGAGGUUUUGCUCUGCUUCACCUCAGAAACUUUUAAAAGUGAACUUUGACUUAGGCAUAAAACAUUGUGGUGUUUGUUUUUCAAGCUACACUGUUGAAGAAUAAUAUGUAGAUUAUUAUCAUCCAUAAAAGACAAGCAUACAUGGUUAGGCUUCUAAGUCUAUUACUGGGAAUUAUGCAAAUUGUAAUGGAAAGAAAAGGACUGUUCUAAAUAGUUUUUUUAGUUAUAACUGUGAAUUUGCCAUGUGGCUAUUACCAUGUGAGUAUAGCUAUGUUAUAAAUUAUAUUAAUGUAAUUAAACUUAAAUCAAUUGUAUUUAUGUCUGCCUUUCAUUUAUAUGUAAUAUAUAAAUCACCUUCCUAACCUAUGUUGCCAAACUUUAUUAGCCAACAUUUUUCUGGUGAAAUCAUCUUGAAAUCAUUGUGAUUUUUCACAAGUAUAAGUUGUGAAGUACUUAUAUAUAUUCAAAAGUAAAUGCCAUCCUGCUUUCCAUCAGCUGUUCAUUUGUUACAGAUCUUUGUGUUUCAGUGAGUCAAAGUGUGAUGCAUUUGUUUUUGGGAAAAAAAAAAGUUUUGGAGGGAUCAGUUUGAAUCUCUGUACUCUGUGAUGUGAACGUUUUUCAAGUUAAUUACUUACUUUGAAGAACUAUUAACACAUAAUCGAAAUAGAAAUUACCUUUUCAAAGUGGAAUAUGAUUUUUUUUUUUUUCUUUAGAAUCUUGGCAGGGAAUUAGGCCUGUGCUAACGCUUCAAUGUCAGACAGGACAUUUAGUUUCCUUUCUAAGAAAGCACAGAGAUUUAAUUUCAUGGCAAUAUGACAGAAAAUGCUUCAAGGCAGGGAGCUGGAAAAGGAUGGUUAAAGUUUAGCAUCCGACAGUUAAACAUGUAUGUAUAUUUUCCUUUAGCACUUUGAUUGUUCACAUAGCCAUGUCUGUGAAAAGGGACAUACAAUUUUGGUUGGGUUGCAUUUGAUUGUAUUUACUAGAUUCCUUUAUCUGGAUAACUGAAGCAGAAAUAAAAAGUCAUGUCUUUACAAGCCAAA